ACCACCAGCAUCAGAUUUCUGUGUGUAUGUGUGCGUGUGUGUGAGGGAGAGAGGCACUCCUUUUGCAGAGAGAGAGAGAGCGCGCGCGCGAGAGAGAGAGGACCAGAAAGCUUUGGAGCAUUGAAAGAAGAAAGAAGACUUGCUGCUGCCAGAUUUCCACACUCCACAACCACAAACAAAGUGAAUACUUUUCCUUGAAGAAAAAGUUAGAAAAGCGGCCAUGGACGGGAUAACGUUUGGACGCGCGUCGCUGCUGUGCACCUUGCUGCUGCUCUGGGCAUUUCAAGUGUGUAGCGGGGCUGUGACCGUGAAGGUGGCUCCUAAAGUGGAGGUGUUGAAAGGCGAGACUGCCAAACUGCCCUGCACAUACAGUGUCUCUCCACCAUCAAGCAACGCUGUUGUUGAAUGGUAUUACAUUGAGGAGCAUGGAACCAGGAAGCGCGUGGCUUUCCGCUCCCAGGACGGCGAGGGAAAAAGCGACGAUGGCACCAUCCUGACUGGGCGGGUCACCAUCGGACAGGACUUCACCUUGACCAUCUCCUCGGUUCAACCCACCGACGAGCUCGUCUUCUACUGCUACGUCACCACUGGCCCCGCUGGGGUUGGAGAUGCCUCCACCAUGCUCAAAGUCUUCUUCGCUCCCGAGAAGCCAGAGCUCACGAGGCCGUCGAGCCAGGCCAUUACUGCAGGAGAGACUACCAGCUCUGAGAUUGGUACCUGUGUGACAAUGAACGGACAUCCCCAGCCAAGAAUUAUCUGGUUCAAAGAUGACCAGCCCCUACCCGAGGUCAAGGACAGGAAGGAGAAGACCUACAUGAUUCCCUCGGUGGUGAAGGAGGCCUCCGGUCUCUACACCAUCAAGAGCACCCUGUACAUGCAGCCCACCAAGGCAGACAAGGACUCUGUGUUCCAGUGCACCGUGGAGUACAGCAUGCCAGGAGACCAGAUCAAACAGAAGAAGUCCAACACCAUCACCAUCAACCUCAACUAUCCCUCUGAGAAAGCGACCUUUUCCCUACUCAGCAAUGAUCCGGUCAAAGAGGGCGACUCUGUUACCAUGAAGUGUGAGACUGAUGGGAACCCUCAGCCUGAGUUUGACUUCACCAAAGACGAACAACCCGUCAGCGGUCAGGGUGGUCUCCUGACGCUGAAAUCUGUCAAGCGCACAGACGAAGGCGUGUACAAGUGCACGGCCAUAGAUUUCGAUAACAUGGAAGCUGACCUGAGUGGAACCAUCAGCCUCACUGUCCACUACAUUGACCCGGUGACCGUGACCGCUGUCCAGCCUGAGGUCGUCAUGCUCGGAGACAAGGCGGAGUGGCAGUGUAAGACCAAGGCCUCUGCUCCUCAUACUGUUCACUGGAAAAAGGGCUCUGAGGUGCUCUCUCAGGACGGCACUCUGUCUAUACAAGAGGUUUCCUAUGAUAAAGCUGGAGAGUACAUGUGUGUUGCCGCCGUGCCAUCUGUGCCAGGACUGACAGCCGAGGCUAGUGUCAACCUCAGCGUCAAAGGAAAGCCUGUGAUCGAGUCUCCCACCGCUGGCGAGGUCGGGAAGGAAGGAGACAUGGUGACUCUGAAGUGCUCGGCCUACGGCUCUCCCGCCCCUCAGUUCACCUGGAAGCCCUCAGGGAAGGAGUCUGUGGCCGUGGAGGGUAACAAAAUGGUGAGCACCUUGACUCUGCAAGCCACAGCUGAGGUCAUGAAGGACGGCGUGACCUGCGAGGUCUCCAACGAGCACGGAUCAGAUAGCAAGCCCAUCCCGGUAUCUCUCAAAAGAGCAGUUGACAACUCGGCCGACAGAGCUGACAAGCAGCAGGGAGGCUCCAGCGGGGUGGUGAUAGCUGUGGUGGUGUGUGUUCUGCUGCUCCUGCUGCUGGUGGCCCUCAUCUACUUCCUGAACAAGAAAAGCAAGCUGCCCUGCAGCAAGAAGGACAAGAAGGAAGUGGCCACUGGAGAGGUGAACAACGACAUUGUGGUGGAGAUGAAGACGGACAAGGCCAACGAAGAGGCCGGCCUCCUCAACAAGAGGCCGUCUACAGAACAGUGAUGAAACGAGGCAAUGAAAGUAACCGACAGAUGGAUGAAAGGAAGGAGGAAGACGGUUCUGAAGACAAGAGGGCUCAUUUUUAUUUACCACACUAGACUGAGGGGGGGAGGGGGGGGGGGGGGGGCAGUGAGAGGUGUGACAUGGGAACUGGUUUAUUUUGGGGAUGUUGGGAGGCUCACUGUGUUUGGCAUUGAUUGGGCUUGUUUUAUAACCUGGAGUAGACCUUUUGGAUGGAGUUUCUUUUUUUUCUGAAAAAUAGUUGCCCUUUAACGUUAAACUCCAUCCAUCUGUGCUACCACAGGUUUAAAACCAUAGAUGUGCAAAAUCACACUGGAUGACUUUAUCGUCAUGGCUUCUUUUGAUUCUAUUUCCUUACUCACCAAUCACAUCUUCGGUCGACUCCUCUGCAGAAUAGAGCAGCACAGUGAAGCGUGGCUGACACACUCCAAACACAGCCGCACGAUUGUUCUUAUCUACCCCAAAUGGAACACAAAACGCCAUUAAGCCCCUGGGUUUUUUUCCUGGAGGGUGUGUGUGUGUGUGUCUCAUGCACGUGUAGCACUGACCAUUUAUUCUGUCUUGGAGUCUUGCACUUAAAUGCUGUGUUCUCCGCUGGGUAUAUACGGGCUGCCGUUCUGAUUAAUUCACCUCAAUAACAAGUGAUGAUUUGCGCUCACAACAGUUAAUCCCUCAGCACGCUGUUUGGCACACAUUACUGUAACAUUUCCGCUCAAAGAAGCUCUGUGUUUGUUUUAGUGCCGUCGGUUUAAUUGCGUUUUUGCCACCUGUGAAUGUUCGUGUCUCUCUCUCUUUUUUUUUUUUUUUUUCCAAUAUCUCUAAUGAGCUUUCAGUAGAAACAGCCCAGGCAUUUAAUAACGCCAGUCCUUUCUCUGAAAUGACUUGCCUUUUUAAAUCUAACUAAAAAGGCACCAAACAACAAGCUAUUAGGUUGUACAAAUUUGUUCUUGCCAUUUCCAGGAUACUUGUAUAUUAUGUUCGUACAUCAAUUGUUCACUUGGUUUCCUUUGUUCCUGUUUUCUCUGUAAAUUCAAAUACUAAUUACCCUGUCCAUCAGGCAGGAGGUGCGCUGUGGAGCUCAAAGAGUCUGGGCUGACUAAGGCUACAUGCACACUAAUAUAUUUUCAUUGUAAAGUGUAUGCAUUUUGCUACAUUCACGGCUAGCGCCCACACUAGUCCACACUAGACUUUUGAAAACGCUGCUGACCCCGUUUUAAUUUGAAAACUCCAGGAUCGGCUCCUAGUAUUGACGGGCAGGAAUACAGACUUUUGGAAACGAUGAUGCUGACAGCCACGUUCGCUUCCUGAUUGGGUCUUUUCAAUCACCGCAUGUCCUUUGUGAUUUAGUCACACCAUGUGAUGACUCCCAGUCUAUGCUUUCCGCCGCGUUGACUUUCAGUCUAUUUUUCUUUCAUAGUAUUUUCUGCAGCUCAGCAGCCAACCGCAGAGCUUACAGUCUGCUUCCUGUUUACACCGAUACGUGCAUGGUGUACGUGAAUGGUCAUGUGAUAUGCAUUUUCAGGCGUCUAAGCGUGGAUCGUUUCUCAAACGGUGCGAAAACGGAGAAUUCAUUUUAAAAUGAAAAACUAUUAGUGUGGGCGUAGUCUAAGCUGCCAGCCUCGGACCAUGACUGCCACCAUUUCUUAGAGGGUCUUUCGCAGCCUUUCGGCCCUCCACUCUUGGAUGAAACCAUUUUCACAAGAACAGCACGCAGCGGUCCCACUUAGAAAGCCCAAUUAUCAUCAGCUUUCACUGUAAAAUUGGUCAAAUUUGGCGAAAUGAUCGACUGUCAAGCUGUGAAAUGCUGUGCUGUCAAAGUCACAUGACGACAAAAUGGGACUUUCGGGGGCUGCGGUAGUCACACAUUCACCUGUUAGGAGAAAUCACUGGCACAGGUUCACUCUAGUUUGAUACAAACAGGGAGGGGAGGUGAGGGAGGGAUCGGGGUUGUUGCUGGGGGAUGGAUGUACCUUUUUGUUUUUACCAAAUGAAAGACUUUUGAGUGUCACAGCAGGAAUGUUUCUGUUUAGGUACGCGACAGGCGUUUCUGUUCCUCCCUACACUGUCGGCAGGCCGGAGGGGUUUGAUAGCGGGUUGACGUGCCCUUUUACUUUGUUGUACACUGGAACCAAUGGCCUUGAUUGUUUUGAAAAAAAGGUCACCUCAAACCACUAUCUGUGCCCACGAGGCUUAUUUUAUUUUCUAAUGUCUGUCUACUGAUCUUGCCAUAUUGACUGUUAGCAAACCUGUGAUGGCAGGGGAAGAUAGAUACGUGAACUUGGAGCAAGGCUUUUUUGAUUUUAAUGUUUUAUAUAAAAAUAUUGUGGUAUAAAAGUUGUUUUUUUAGAAAGGGGAUUCUUAAUUUUGGAACUACUGAGUUUUCCUUUUUCCCAUGCUUUCCGCUUACUCUGAGAGAAGAGAGAAAUGUUUUGUUUUUUUUUAAUUUAGGUUUCUUUUUGAGAAAAUGAGAUAUUCUCAGUGCUUUACUUCUCCCUCUCUCUCUCUCUCUCUGUACUGUAUACUGUAUAUUUUGUGGUACGCUGUUGUGACCUCUGUGGUGUGUUGAUGUAUCUUUUUAUUUUGUUCCAGCUGUGUAGAAUUUAUAAUGAAAAAACUCAAGAAAACCAAUCACAACCCUA